AAAGGAGGCGGAGCUAGGCUCGGCUCGGCGCACGCUGACCAAUCAGAGCGGGCGGCGGCUUGUCUUAGCGGCGCGAGCCGAGCUCGAGACAGGGCCAGAAGCGUCACCCUGGUUACAGGAGAGCUGGGUCUCUCUGUCUCUCUGACUCUCACUCACUCACACACACACACACACACACACAGCGCGGGAUUACUAUACAGGACACUCAAUAAUAAAGAUAAAACAGAGAGUUGUGAAGUGUCAUGGUGGAGAGAAUCUGAACAGGAGGAAGAUUAAGUUAGGAUUCCUCCGUGGAAUGAGGAGAGGAUCAGUGCGGCGUGAAAGCGAACCCUGAGCCGUCCUGCUCGCGUGCGGAAAUCGUUAUGGUGAUCAUGCGGGAGGUGAACGCAGAAGGUCCGGCCGGCGUCUCUGCCCAGGGUCGACCCCUGCAGGUGGGCUUCUACGAGAUCAUCCGGACGCUCGGGAAGGGCAACUUUGCUGUGGUCAAACUGGCCAGACACAAAGUGACCAAAACUCAGGUUGCUAUUAAAAUAAUCGACAAGACCCGUCUGAACUCGUCCAACCUGGAGAAGAUCUACAGGGAGGUGCAGAUCAUGAAGCUGCUGAAUCAUCCGCACAUCAUUAAGCUUUACCAGGUCAUGGAGACCAAAGACAUGCUGUACAUCGUAACGGAGUACGCGAAGAACGGAGAGAUGUUCGACUACCUGACCUCGAACGGACGCAUGAGCGAAGCCGAGGCACGCAAGACGUUCUGGCAGAUCCUCACCGCCGUGGACUACUGCCACCGCCAUCACAUCGUCCACCGAGACCUGAAGACCGAGAACCUGCUGCUGGACGCCAACAUGAACAUCAAACUCGCAGACUUCGGGUUCGGAAACUUCUACAAUUCCGGAGAGCCCUUGUCCACGUGGUGCGGGAGCCCGCCGUACGCCGCGCCCGAGGUCUUCGAGGGAAAAGAGUACGAAGGACCGCAGCUGGACAUCUGGAGCCUGGGAGUAGUGCUGUACGUGUUGGUGUGCGGCUCGCUGCCGUUUGACGGAGAAAGUCUGCCAGCGCUGAGGCAGAGGGUGACCGAGGGACGCUUCAGAAUCCCCUUCUUCAUGUCUGAAGAUUGCGAGAACCUGAUCCGGAAGAUGCUGGUGGUGGAUCCAGCCAAGCGCAUCGGCAUCGCUCAGAUCAAGCAGCACCGCUGGAUGCUAGCCGACCCCAGCGCCCCUCACCAGACGCUCACGCACUCCCUCACCGACUACAACUCCAACCUGGGUGACUACAGCGAGCCCGUCCUGAGCAUCAUGCACACGCUGGGAAUCGACCGCCAGAGGACCGUGGAGUCUCUCCAGAGCAGCAGCUACAAUCACUUCUCCGCGAUCUACUACCUGCUCCUGGAGCGGGUCAAAGAGCACCGGAGCCAGCAGCUGAACCGGCAAUGCGGCGGCACUUGGACCCAGAGGAGCAGGAGCACGUCGGACUCCUCGUCCAGCCCAGAGGUGAUGCCCGAGCCGUCCGACAGCUUCCGCCCGGCCAUGCCGCCCGUCGCCACGGCGAUGAACCAACCCGUGCACUCACAGAUGGAGUGGGACCAGGGAGGGCUCUUUCAGCGGGUGGUGUGUCCGGUCGAGGCGAGUCUCAACGGUCUCCUCUGGAACCGCUCCAUCUCCCCCAACAGCCUCCUGGAGACCACUAUUAACGAAGAAGUGCGUCCCGGAGACCUGGAAGAGGAGGACGUGGCGCUGCAAGCCUCUCCCACGACCCUCCCAAACACCGCAUCACGUAGACACACCCUCGCCGAAGUCUCCACCCGCUUCCAUCUCUGCAACCCUCCCUGUAUCGUGAUCAGUCCGUCUGAUGGCGCGUCGUCCGACAGCUGCCUGAAGUCGUCGUCGAAUCUGACUCCGCCCCUUUCCACCGCCGCAGAUUUCUCGAGACUGAUGGCGCCCGGGUUUGGAACCGGGACGUCUGGGCCCCUCGGAGCAACUCUGGCUCUGUCCUCCAACCGCAUCCUGCAGAACCAGGGUAGUCUCCACGCCGCCAGCUUCCAGGAGGGACGCCGAGCCUCUGACACGUCCCUCACACAAGGAUUGAAAGCCUUCCGUCAGCAGCUGAGAAAGAACUCGCGUACCAAAGGUCUCCUGGGCCUGAAUAAGAUCAAAGGCCUGGCGAGACAGGUGUGCCCUCCGACCUCGUGCUCCAGGGGCAGCAGGGGAUCAUUAGGGCCCACCCUGUGCCCCCCCUCAGGCCUGCAGGGUGCCGGAGGAACUCGGGAGCGACGCAGCAUGCUGGAGGAGGUUCUGCAUCAGCAGAGGAUGCUCCAAAUCCAGCACCAGCCCCAGCCUCAGAGCGCUCACUUCCUCACUCAGUCCCACCAGCUGUCCUCCUCCUCCUCCUCCUCUUCAUCAUCCUCAUCCUCCUCUUCACCUCCCCCCAACAGCCUGUUCGCUCCAGCUGCUCUAUUCUCCAACCCUCCUCCCCAGACCGUCACCCAGCUGCUUCCCGCAUGCCACCAGAGCGCCGUUCCUCUCCAGCACCCCCUGUGGCCGCAGAACCCCGACUCCUCAUCUUCCUCAUCUUACUCGUCCCUGUCUCCGGUGGCGUCCGCGGCUCACCUGCUGGAGGCCCGACUGCACAUCAGCCAGCAGCCUCACCUCCAAGCGCAUCCUCAUUCUCAGCUCCAGCUCCAGGGCUACACCCUGGGACCGCUCUCGCUCUUACCCCAGCAGACGAGCUGGAGCCUGGGGGGCAGCGGGCACAUCGCGCGCCCCGACACGCCCGAGCUCCAGGAGCAGCAGCUCAGCAGCUGUGUGAUGGUCAAAUAGGGACGCAAAAGUGUUUCGUCAUUCGGGAUUGAAGCGAAACUCUGACUCGUGGGAUGAGAACGCUUCGUGUGUGUGUGUGUGUGUGUGUGAAGAAGACGAAGAAGCAAUAACCAAACUCUUUACAGACGUCACUCUCGCCCCACCUUAACUCCAGUCUCCCUCCUAAACAAGCAAUAAGAGACGGUGGUGAAGGAAGCGAAAAACACACACACUCCCACACACACACACACACACAAUUGUGUUUUAAAACAUCAGGCUGGUAGAUUUAUUCAUAUACUCUUACAAAUAAUGUAUGAGAAAAUAGGCCGGUCUUCCUCACGUGUAUUUUUUUUGUUUGUUUGUUUGUUUGUUUUGCUUAAACUUUUUUUUUCCACUUCACUCUAGAAGACCAAAGUUUCUUUUAGCCAUUUUUUUGCUACAUCAUUUAAAGCAAAAUGCAGUAUCGAGGGCGUGCAAUUUAAUGAACCGUGGCACAAAAAAAACUAACCCGAGUGCUGAUUUACAGGCGGAUCCGAGGGGUGUUCGUGGUACUUAAUUACUGAGGAAUAAAUCAAUCAAUCAAUCAAUCAAUAAGAGCGAGGGAUGAGAAACGAGACGUCUCAGACACCUUCAUCUUGAUGCAUCUUGAUUAUUUAUGACAAAACAAACAUCUACAGCGUAGACGUAGAACACUAAGCUUAGUGUAUUCGGUACUGUUUAAAGGUUUCAAACGCGAGUCUGAUUUAACGUCUCGCCGCUCAGUCUACAUCAGAAUAACACGUUCACACUUCAGGGGUGCAUCAAGCUGUCAGGUGGUAAUAGAACCUCGUCCUGCUCCUCCGCUCGGCACCGCUCGGUCACGUUUAGGUGCUAGUCGUGUUAAACACACACACACACACACACACACAUGCUGAGCUUCGAGCUCGCUUCGUUGUAAAGAAGUUGCUGUCCUGGGAGUCUCAAGUCCUGAGAAAUGAGAUAAUAAGGACCAGCUCGUCUUCUGUCAUAGCACUACCUCCUCCUCUAGCUCCUCCUCCUCUUCCUCUAGCUCCUCCUCUUCCUCUAGCCCCUCCUCCUCUUCCUCUAGCUCCUCCUCCGUUCUCCCAGAACAAAGCUUACGGGAUUAGUGCAAUAUUUCACACUCAGCUGUAGAACCUGCAACCUGUAGAACCUUCAGUACCUGCGUAUGUACCUGUAGGAUCAUCCGCAGUACUUGUGCUUGUACAUGCAGUACCUGUAGUACUCGUACCUUUUGUACCUGUAUCUGUGGGGCGUGCUUUAACUUUUAGCUUUUUUUUUUUUUUUUUUU